UUUUUGCGGAUUUGUUGAGGAAAAAAAGUAGUGCGAUAGUUGAUUAUUAAAUUUAUUGAAACUGUGCUACGUAGGAAACCUGUAAGUAAAAAAGAAAAGAAAAUUAGUGCAGUUAAAGAUGAAUUAAACACCAGCUACUUACCCAACAGCGAAGAAGUCCAGCGAGCUGCUCUGCCGUUGUACCGUCAGUUGGGGCGAAACUGUACUUUGGUGAUCCGAAGAGUGCAAGAAGGAGGGAAAGGAAGAGGAAGUGGAGGAGUUGUGAAGGAAAGAGGAAAAGUUAACGUAGGAAAGGAGACCAAUUAAUUUUGUAGCUGCUCGAAGAGCUGCUGAACAAAAAGUUGGGGUUUUAUUUACCGACCACCCGAACAAACUACAAAAUUAAUUGCGGGUUCGGUAUUCCUCUCCCACGAUGGCUGACGAAAAUCCGGAAUUCACAAAGACUCCCUGCUCAACCUGCAAAGAGGUGUCGACCGAGGAUGAGGUGAUGGUGGGCUGCGAUUGCUGCAAGCUGUGGUUCCAUGCUCGGUGCGUCAACUUCAAUCCGGCUGAUAAGAAGUCGGGGAAGAAAUGGUACUGUCCGGACAAGGACUGCCAGAAGAAGAAAAAGACUAAGAAGUCUGUUGAGGUACCGCUCCCAGUGCCCCCCGAGUUGCAAGAAAAGCUGGAUGCUUUGGAAGAAACUCGGAAGCGUGCGGAAGCGGAACAGGAGAUGACGCGAGUCCUGAAGGAGAAGGAGUUUGAACUGGCUGCUUAUCUUCAGGAGCGUCAGAUGAAGAUCGACGAAGAGCUCCGCGAGAAGGAAGCCAAAAGGGCUGAGGAACUUCGCGAGAGGGACUUCAAGCGGCGCGAGGCCGAUCUAGCGGCGGAGAUGGUGAAGAAGGAGGAGCACCUGAAGCGGAUCCAACAGCUGGAAACAACGUUCCGGGACAAAAGCGCCUCCAUCGACAAGCUGCUGAAAAACAGUAGUACUCCGCUAAGAAACCCCGAAGUCAAACCGCUGACUGAAGGAAACGUCGCUAAACACGACGGCCGCGAAGAUCCUGAGGUCAAUCCGGCGAAACCUGGAGACAUUCCGGAUAAUCCUGGGACCAAUCCGGGAACUCCUGGAAGCAAUCCGGGUUCGACGAAGUCGUCUAAGAAACCGGAGUCCUCGUCGGAUAGUUCGUCGGCGUCCAGCGUCUCGACCGACGCCAACGGUGACGGAAAGAGCGGAAAAACGGCAAAGUCGACCAAAGUUGAUGUGUCCAAGCCAGACGGGCUGGGGCUGCACGGAUCGGGUCCAACGAAGGCCCAGCGAGCUGCACGACAAGGGCUGACAAGGAAGCUGCCAGACUUCCACGGCAAGCCAGAAGAGUGGCCAUUGUUCUUCGCGGCCUACCAAGCGUCAAACGAAGCCUGCGGGUACACGGACGUGGAAAAUCUCGUGCGACUACAGGACUGCCUGAAAGGCAGAGCGCUCGAGGAGGUGCGUGGCCAGCUCAUUCUGCCCAAGUCGGUUCCGCGUGUGAUCGCCAAGCUUCGCCAGAUCUACGGCCGCCCAGAAGUGCUGCUGCAAAGCCACCUGCAACGAGUGCGCAAGCUGGAGCCGCCGAGAGCGGACAAGUUGGGAUCGUUCAUCCCGUUCGGCAAUGCAGUGGAACAAUUGUGCGAACACAUCGAAGCCGCAGAACUAACGGCGCAUCUGGUCAAUCCGAUCUUGAUCCAGGAACUCGUCGACAAGCUCCCGGACGGGGAGAAGAGGAGUUGGGUGCACUACAAGCGCAAGAAGCGCGAGGUGAAUCUGCGUACGCUCACCAACUUUCUCUCGAAGAUCGUCGAGGACGCGUGCGAGGCGACGGUCAACCUAGACUACAAACCGGACGUCAGAGCAGCGUCGGGAUCGAGCGGCCGAAGCCGAAACAAAGAGAAAGCCGCACUGUUCAACCAUAGCGUUGCAGAGGAAUCUACAGAGCGGCGAGAGCAGAAACAGCAAAGGCCGUGCAAGGCGUGCCAGUGCACGGACCAUCGGCUGUGGAACUGCGAGGACUUCAAGAAGCUGCCCUACGAAGAUCGAGCGAAGAUGGCGACGAAGUGGAAGCUUUGCCAACGCUGCCUGAAUGACCACGGCGGCCAAUGCAAGCUCAAACUUCGCUGCAACGUCGGAGAGUGUCGCGAGCCGCACAAUGCUUUGCUUCAUCCGGAGACCAGGGCAGUCGGCAUGAACGCACACAUUACGUCCACGAGUCCCGUGCUGUUCCGGAUGCUCCCGGUAAAAGUCUACUGCGGUGAGAGAUCAAUGAUCGUGCUCGCUUUCCUCGACGAGGGUUCGUCCCUCACCCUGAUCGAAAGUGGUCUAGCCGACCGUUUGGGGCUGUUGGAGACAAAGGAAAAGCUCACUAUCAAGUGGACGGCCAACAUCACGCGAGUGGAACAACAUUCGAGGCGGACAAAUAUCUGGGCGUCGGCGAUCAACGGGACUAAUGGCGAGAAGUUGCUGCUGCAAUCUGUCCGUACGGUGGACAAGCUGAUGUUGCCACGCCAAACACUAAAUGCUGCUGAAGUUUCGUCACGCUACGAUCACUUGCGCGGGCUUCCGAUGGAUUCGUACGACGGUCGGCCAGGAAUGCUGAUCGGGUUGAAUAACAUUCAUUCAUUCGCACCGCUGGAAACGAAGGUCGGCACGAUUGUCGAUCCGGUGGCGGUCCGGUGCAAGCUCGGCUGGACGGUCUACGGACCGCGGGAUGCAGAGUCGGCGGGCGCGAGCUGUUUCCUCGGAUGCCACCAAGAAGUGACGAACGAGGAGCUGCACGAUCUUCUCAAAAGCCACUAUUCGCUGGAAGAAGCGGUGGUGACUGUGCAGCGGGAGUCGGUCGAGGAUCAGCGGGCGAGGAAGAUCAUGGAGGAAACUACACGUCGCGUGGGUGACCGCUUCGAGACCGGACUGCUGUGGAAGACCGACGACGUCAAGUUCCCGAACAGCUACCCGAUGGCUGUGAGGCGGAUGAAGCAGCUGGAGAAGAAACUUGAGCGUUCGCCGGAACUGUACGACAACGUCAAGAAGCAGAUUCUGGACUACCAGGCCAAGGGAUACGCGCACGAAGCCACCGCGGAGGAACUGAACGAAACGGAUAACAACAAAGCGUUCUACUUGCCGCUCAACGUGGUGGUGAACCCGAAGAAGCCGGGGAAAGUUCGGCUGGUUUGGGAUGCGGCGGCGACGAUCGGUGUUGUCUCUCUCAACUCGAUGCUGGUGAAGGGACCAGAUCUGCUCGUGCCACUGGUGUCGGUGAUCUGUGGGUUCCGCGAACGACGGGUUGCUUUCGGCGGGGACAUCCGCGAGAUGUACCACCAGCUGAAGAUUAUCUCCGGGGACAAGCAAGCUCAACGCUUCCUAUUCCGGGACAACAUCAACGAAGAGCCGAAAGUGUACGUGAUGGACGUCGCUACAUUCGGGUCGAAGAGUUCGCCGGCGUCGGCGCAGUACGUCAAGAACCGCAAUGCGGAAGAGCAUGCCGGUCAGUACCCAGACGCCGUGGCGGCGAUCAUCAAUCGGCACUACGUCGAUGACUAUUUCGACAGCGUCGACACCGUCGAGGAAGCUGUCAAGCGGGCGAAGCAGGUGAGCCACGUCCACAAACAAGGUGGUUUCGAGAUCCGCAACUGGGUGUCCAACUCGCCGGAAGUGCUGACUGCUCUGGGCGAAGAGAAACCGAUGAGUCCGGUGUUGCUGAACCAGGACAAGCAAACACCCAGCGAGCGCGUACUCGGCGUGCGGUGGGACCCGGAGAUGGACGAAUUCGCCUUCGCCGUGAUGCACCGCGAAGAACUGAUGAAGUACCUGAAAGAGGGGAAAAGGCCAACCAAACGGAUCGUGCUGAGCUGCGUAAUGGGAUUUUUCGAUCCGCUCGGUCUGCUGUCGCCGUUCACAAUCCACGGGAAGAUCAUCAUCCAACAUUUGUGGCGAACCGGCUGCAGAUGGGACCAAGACAUUGACGACGAAGCCUGGAUUCUGUGGAAGCGGUGGACGGCACUGCUGCCGGAAGUCGAAGCGCUGCGGUUUCCCCGGAGCUACUUCGGCGAUGCGAUGUCCUCGUCGAUCGAGAGUCUCGAGCUGCACAUCUUCAGCGACGCGAGCGAGCUGGCCUACGGUUGUGCGGCGUAUCUACGCGCGGUCAUCGACGGCCAAGUUCACUGCAGUCUCGUCAUGGCGCGAUCGAAGGUGGCGCCGCUGAAACGACAAUCAAUUCCACGACUGGAGUUGAUGGCGGCGUGCAUGGGAGCGCGCAUGAGCCAGCAGAUCCUCGGAACUCACACGCUGCAGAUCGACCAUACCGUUUUCUGGACCGACUCGAGGACCGUCCUUGCGUGGCUGCGCGCAGAUCCCUACAAGUACAAGCAGUUCGUCGCCUUUCGGGUCGGGGAGAUUCUGGAGCUGACGAGACUGGACGAUUGGAGAUGGGUGCCUUCCAAGAAGAACAUCGCGGACGUUCUCACGAAGUGGGGACCUGGACCGCCACUGCAGAACGACUCGGAAUGGCGGAACGGUCCGGCGAUACUGUUCGAGCAGGAUAACCUCGUCUCACCGCCUGAGCAGAUCGAGGAGACGAACGAAGAAGCACGAGGCGUGGUAUUGUUCCACGGGACAGUCAACGUAGAAGCGGUCUCGACGUGGACAAAGCUGGUGAGGGUGACUGCAACGGCGGUACGCUUCAUCGAAAAUUGUCGUCGCAAAAAGGACGGCCGUCCAGUACUGACUGCAAAGGCCACGAGUCGCCUAGCCAAGCUGGUCAAAGCGCAGCACGAGACGGAUGUUCAACCGCUGCAACAAGACGAGCUGCGGAAGGCCGAGAGGAUUCUGUGGAAGCAAGCGCAGUUCGAGAGCUUCCCUGAUGAGAUGAGCGUGCUGACAAAGAACCUACAGCUGAAACAGGGUGAGUUGCCGGAGAAGAUCGAGCGGUCGAGUCCGCUCUACAAGCUGCUGCCGGUGCUCGACGAGGAUGGUGUUCUGCGCGUUCGUGGAAGGCUGGAGAAGAACGAAUCGAUCCCGUUCGACAAACGAUUCCCGAUCAUCCUGGGUCGAAAACACGCCGUCACCAAGAAGAUCAUCCAGCACUACCACGAGAAGUACGGUCACGCGAAUCGGGAGACCGUGUUCAACGAGCUGCGUCAGAAGUUCUGGAUUCCGAACGCACGGGCCGCGAUCCUGGAGGUGGUCAAGGAGUGUGUGUGGUGCAAGGUGAACCGUUGCGUGCCGUUCGUCCCAACAAUGGCGCCGCUUCCGGUCGAACGCACUGCAGCAACCAUGCGACCGUUCAGCGCGGUGGGCGUCGAUUACCUGGGACCGGUCGAAGUCACGGUGGGUCGCCGCAGAGAGAAGCGCUGGAUCGCCGUCUUCACGUGUCUAGCGGUCAGGGCGGUGCAUCUCGAAGUGGUCCAUAGCCUCACCACGCAAUCGUGCCUGAUGGCCCUCCGGAGGUUCGCGUGCAAGCGAGGCGUUCCCGAGAAAGUGUUCUCCGACAAUGCUACGUGCUUUCGGGGAGCGGACGCGGCGAUGACGAAGGCGAUCAACAAGAAGUGCGCGGAGCAGAUGACGUCGGCGACCACUGCAUGGUCCUUUAUCCCACCUGGGACGCCCCACAUGGGCGGGGCCUGGGAACGGAUGGUGCGAUCGGUGAAGGAGGCGUUGCGCGCACUCGACGACGGACGAAAGCUGAACGACGAAAUUCUCUCCACAUCUUUGGCGGAGGCCGAAGACAUGAUCAACACUCGGCCGUUGACGUACGUCCCUCAAGAGUCCGCUGAAGAAGAAGCCAUCACGCCAAACCAUUUCCUGCGCGGGACGGUAACGAGCGCGGACCUAAAGCUGGACGAGACGGUGGACACCGCUGCAGCACUACGAGACGUGUACAAGCGAAGCCAGCAGCUAGCGGGCAAGAUGUGGGAGCGGUGGUCGAAGGAGUACCUGCCCUCGCUGAACCGGCGUCCAAAGUGGUUCGAGGAUCGCAAGCCCCUCGAAGCGGGUGACCUGGUGUUCGUGGUCGACGGCAAGAACCGAAAGAGCUGGGUACGAGGUCGAGUGGUGGAGGUGUUCAGCGGGUCGGACGGACGCGUUCGGCAAGCGGACGUGAGGACAGCAGACGGGAAGGUCAACAGGAGAGCAGUGGUUAAUUUAGCGGUGUUGGAGAUCAGAGACGGUAAGUCCGACGUGCCGGAAGGCCCGACGGAUCUUACGGGCUGGGGUGUUGCUACCGCUGGGAUGGGCACACUGGCCGACGGUGCAACGCCGGCGGUGUAAUCAGCCGAUACCGUCACAGCUGUCAACGCGCGCAAAGAGGACGGAAAAAGUGUGUGUGUGUGGCCACCAGCGUAAACACGCGCGCGGUUCGUUCACCAUUUUCACCAAGCAUAGUACGGACGUGGAACGAGUUUUCGGAGGAGAUUUUUGCGGAUUUGUUGAGGAAAAAAAGUAGUGCGAUAGUUGAUUAUUAAAUUUAUUGAAACUGUGCUACGUAGGAAACCUGUAAGUAAAAAAGAAAAGAAAAUUAGUGCAGUUAAAGAUGAAUUAAACACCAGCUACUUACCCAACAGCGAAGAAGUCCAGCGAGCUGCUCUGCCGUUGUACCGUCAGUUGGGGCGAAACUGUACUUUGGUGAUCCGUGAGUAAACCUGAAAAUAAAGAAGAAAAAUAGUUAAUUAAUAAAUUACACCUUCUAAAAACAGGAAGAGUGCAAGAAGGAGGGAAAGGAAGAGGAAGUGGAGGAGUUGUGAAGGAAAGAGGAAAAGUUAACGUAGGAAAGGAGACCAAUUAAUUUUGUAGCUGCUCGAAGAGCUGCUGAACAAAAAGUUGGGGUUUUAUUU